AUGUACCAGCCAUGGUCACAGCCAGGCAUAGCGUACGCACCAGUUGGUGGCAAACCGGCCAAUGUUGUGCACGGCUAUCCAGUUCGUCCAGGACACCCAGGCUACCCGCAGCCGAUCCCACAACCGGUGCAGCCUGUUCUGCAGCCGGUCCACCAUGCAGAAAGUCGACCGCACAGACCCAGCACCCAGUUGAGAGAGAUUUCUCUCGAGUACUCCUAUGCUGAACUGUCGGCGUCGACGAGCAACUGGCAUGACUCCCGGCGGCUAGGUUCCGGGUCUUAUGGCUCGGUUUACAAGGGUGAGCUGGAGGAUGGCUCGGAGGUGGCCAUCAAGGCCAUUGACCUCGGCGCCCUGGGUGCUUCGGGCACGGCCCCGGAAAUGGCCGGGUUUGAGGAAGAGGUGCAGAUGCUGAGCAAAUUCCGGCACCCCAACUUGGUGACCCUGCUGGGUUGGGGCAAGCACGACAGCGGCUCUGACAGGAAGCGCUACCUGGUCUACGAGCUCUUGUCGGGCGGGGACUGCUUCCAGCGAUUACAGAAGAGCAAGAAGCCGAGUGCGAACAGCCCCUUCUUGUGGUUUGAGCGGCUCAGCGUCUGCCUGGAUGCAGCCGCAGGUCUGUCCCACAUGCUCAACUCGAAGCCAAAGGCUUUCCACAGGGACAUCAAGUCCGCCAACAUACUUUUAGAUCGUCACGGAACUGCCAAAAUGGCAGACUUCGGCUUGAGCUGCACGUCGAGCCAUGCCAAUUCGCUGCAUGUCACCGUCCGCACGAUCAGCGGCACACCAGGCUACGCGUGCCCGAUCUACUCGCGCACCGGCCGGGUCACCGAGGGCAGCGAGGUCCAUUCCUUGGGGAUGGUGAUGCUGGAGCUCUUGACUGGCCUUGCUCCGGCGACAGCAGAUCCCACCAGGCCCGGUGGCAUCGCCUACCAGGUUGCGGAUGCGAUCGCGCAGCACAGCCCCGGAGCGCUGGAGCGCUGCCUCUGCAGCCUGGAUGCGAACGCGGCUUGGCCGAAGGACUUGGCCAAAGAGAUGGCCGAGCUGGCCUUGCGGGCGGUGCACUCGCAGGAGGAGGAGCGGCCCCGCUUCGUCGAGCUCGUCCGCACCCUCCGCAGGCUCCUGGAGCGAUUUCCCAAGCCCGUUCAGUCUGCGGCAAUGGCAGCACUGCCACCGCCGACGGCACCGGCCGCAUCCCCGACGUCGCCAGAGAACGAGGCGAACCCAAAGGCGCGCGAGGCGAAAGCCCAGGCGGUAAUUGUACACAGCUCGCAAGCUGCUUUCGGCUUGGAAUUUGUUGCCGCUGCGGGUGUCGAUUUGAACACACUGCCUCCCGACGUCCAUCGGCUUUGCCUUGCGGGGACGAUGCUUGACGGUUUGCUGGUGGUACCUGUGGGUCGCUCGCACCAGCAACGAGCCUUUGAGGCUUGGGUGCCAGACCAACGGCAAAACUGUAUAUCGCGAACCGCGUUUGAGAUUGCCUGUGGUACCAAAGGUGAGAAUGCAAUGCUGACAGUUCGUGGAUCGGGCUUGAUUUCGGUGGACGGUAAAGUUGCCCCUCGGGAGACGGGCAUCGCGCUGUCGUCUGGAGCUGAAAUCGCCUUCCAUCAUGGCGCCGACAUGAAUGCCGUGCUGUUGCGGCUCCGAUUUGUACCAGGGGAAAUCCUGUUGGAGAAAGAGAAAGAGCCGGAGAAGGAAGAGAAGGAGAAAGUGGAGCCCAGUUCGCCCCGGCGCGAGCCGAGCUCGCCUUGCCCUCGCAGGGCCGUUCGGGAAGAUCUGGAGCUCAGCCCCUCGCGCGGCAGAGACGCCAGGGACAGAGCUCUGAACAGCUUGGGCAGCUCCGCGGGCACUUGGAUCCUCGCCUGUGUACACGUCGAGGGCCUGAGCCCGGGCCAACUUGCAGACCUGCCCAGCGCGGUGCGGGACAUCCAGGUCCCGAGCACGCUGCUCCCUUUGAUGCUGGGCCGAAUCCACCAGAACCAGUUCGAAGCCCUCGCGAAGGCUGCAGACAAGCCGAAGCUGGGGAACUUCAUUUCCAGGACACAUGGUCAGCUGGAUACAGAUGCCGACGGCCUGUCGCUUUGCGUGACGAACUUGAGCUCCAAUCCGCUUUAUGUUGCGGACGAGCUCGUGGCGCAAAGCCAGACCGUAAAGCUGGCGAGAGGCCAGUUGCUGGGCUUUGCACGACCAGAGCAGGAGUCAGGCAACCACAUCCACUUCCUCAAGUUCAAGGCCAUCUUGGUGGAAGGAGGCCCUGGCCCCACGAGCCCUCUUCGAGGCCAAGAGGCGCCCAACCGUGCCCACGCCGCACACCUGUCUCCGCAGAGAAGUGUGCAGGUGCGUCGCACGGUGGUGGAGGGCGUUGAGGCUCCGCACCUGCUGACGCUGUCGCCGCCGCCGCGGAAAGUGAAUCCCGAUGCGUCGACGUCGCCCAAUCGGGUGAGCCGGAUCGCGCGAGAAAGGAACGACGAAAGGCCAGCGCCAGCGAUUUGCUUGGAGCUUUCUGGUGAUGGAGUCCUUGACGUUCCGGCCAGUGAGCGCAGAAUUGGACCAGUUUCCGUACCGGAUCAGCCGAUGAUCGUGGGCAGGAAACAUCAGCCAGAGCUUCACAAGCGCGCCGUGAACCCGCAGUGCUUGAAGUUCAUGAGCAGGGAUCACUUCAGCAUCUUCUGCGAACACGGGCUGUUCCGAAUCGAGCCGUUGACCUCCAACCCCAUGUGGCGCUUCCGGGUCGGCUUGGAGCCCCUGGAGCUCGAGCAGCAAAAACCUGCCGAGCUUCGGUCAGGAGAUCGCGUUGCGCUUGGCACAGGUAGUGACAACUCGCCAGAGGCAGCCCUUCAGAGCCUUUGCUGGCUCUUCACUGUUGAAGGCGCUGACCCCGCAAAGGUGGAGCCGAUGCUGAGCAUUCCGCGGGCUCGAACGCCACCAUCACCAGGUGGGGCUUUUCCCCGUGUGUCUGAAGACAAGCCGUGGGCCAUCCGCGUCUUGAGGACGCAAGAGACCUCGGCCGGCCUCGACAGCCCCGCCAGCCCAGCACGCGAGCGGCUCCUCUCUGAGAGCGGUGCACCGAAGGCCAAAGCCAAGAGUCGACCUCUCCACUAA